GAAAGAUUUAAAAUUUUACUAAACAUGUUGCCAGUUGAAGCACAGCUGUAUGUGUCACAGUCGCAGUUCGCAGCAGUCAAACCAAGAAUGCAACAAGCACCACUAAGCCUACGCUUUAGACUAAUGGCUGCUACAAUUUACAGAAGUACACGUUCGACUCGAUGAAGAUGUAGUACGCUAGCUACGAUACUCUGCAUUCCGUUCAAGUGGUAAGUCGUCAAUAAUCCACCGUUGUUGCUGGUGCCUUACUUGUACUGCGUCUCUAUCACUCACAACUACGGUUGAGUAUGACGCAAGCCUAUUCUUGACGCGGCACUAUGGAAAUGAUCAUUUCCGGGCAGUUGAUGAGUAUAUUGGAGGUCAUCUUAUAUUUACUAUGCGCCCUGACCAGGUUCGCACACUGCGGGGAUGCCGACGCGGGAUGUACCAUGCAGAUAUAUCGGCCAAGUAACUUUGUAAACAAGCAUAAAACCCCGACAACAAUGCAAACGCUGCCCUUAGUAAUCAUGACUUCCACGAAGACCGCUGGACGAAGUGCAUCCCCUAGUGCUGACAAGGCUGGUUAGAUGUUGCGCGAACAUCCGCAAACACGAAAGCUGCGCCUCGAAGUCUCGC